CAAAGCAUUUCCCUUUUUUCCAUUUACAUCCCAUUGCGGAGCGAAAACCACAAACCUGCGGUCCAAAACAGACCUGAAUCCACUGAAAAUAAACAAACAAACACGCAGAUGUGGAAGAAGAAGAAGAUGCUGCAGGAAACGUGCAAAAUCGGCAGCUUUUAAACUUCAACACUGACGCCGCGAGACUUUGAACAAACCGCCGGGAGACAGUGUUUUACUUUUGAAGGAAAAAAGCAACUAACUUUCCCGUUCUGCAGUGUCAUAAUGGAAGCAUUUCCCAAGGACAAAUAAGAACUUUCCCUUUAUUUCCUCCUGCUGGACUUGGAAGUUCAAGUUUGGAAAACAUUUGCAAUAAGUUUAUUUUUUCUGUUGGUUUUCACAGAAAGCCGUGGCUGACGAAUGAAACAUAUUCAAAACCACAAAGAGGAAACUAAGCACAAUUUUUCAUUUUAUUUCUGACAUCUGUGUAUUUUUAGUCUUCUUCCUUUUCUUCUUCCUCUUCUUCUUGUUCUUCAGUCUCAAGCAAACACUCCCACUGCUGGAAUAACGGGAUUUUACUCGUCGUUGCUUGUUACAGGACAUGGAAAGACAACAGGAGGCAACAUUAAGGAGCCGGUUUAAAUAAAAACAACAACAACAAAACACAACAGAAAGAAACUCUGAAAAUGUUUUUUGGGUGAAUUUCUUCUUUGGAAACUAUACAAGGGAAGCCCAAUGAGUGUCAUUCAGUCCACACUCACUGACAGGACCCCAAGCAUUCUCAACAAGGAUCCCACAGACAAGAAACCUAAGAACGACAAAUCAUCCGUUUCCCUCAAACAUGAAUUUGAUCCAACAGGUCUUGUCCAGCGGUGUGUGAUAAUCCAGAGAGAUGAAAAUGGCUUCGGGCUGACUGUGAGUGGAGACAAUCCUGUGUUUGUGCAGCUGGUCAAAGAAGAUGGAGCUGCUAUGCGUGCUGGUGUUCAGACAGGAGACAGGAUCAUUAAGGUUAAUGGGACAUUAGUAACGCGGUCAAACCACAUAGAGGUCGUAAAGCUGAUAAAAUCCGGCUCGUAUGUAGCACUCACGGUGCUGGGGAGGCCUCCAGGGCUUCCUCACAUCCCUCUGGAGGAGGAAGAGGGCGAGGAGGAGGGUGAAGAGAAGGAGAUGGAGAAGGACGACGGUGCAGAGGUCAGUUCUCCGUCUUCUCACUCAGUGCCAAAUUCACCUGCACUGCCCGGUGUGGAGCGACGCAGUCCGUCAACCAGCAGAAACAACAACCAGGAGAACAUCACCUCCUUCCUGCCUGAUGGGGUUGAGUACAAAACAGCGUACAGCCAAAAGAUAGAGCACAUGCAAAAGAUGUUAACCAAACAGCAGCUGGAUUUACAGGUGAAGGAGGAGGAGUGUGGCAGAAACUCGACACCUAAGCUACUGAAGGAGAUCCAGGAGGCAAAGAAGAACAUUGUACUGCUGCAGGAGCAGCUCAGCAAAGCAACUGCAGCAGUGAUACAGGACGGAGGUUGUAUGGUCAGGACUAGAGAUGCCGGGGAAUUGGACCUUGGACUUUCGAUGAGAGAACAGACUUCUUUCUCCCGAGUUGACAGUGUUAAUAACAACAGGCUCUCAACAAACAAUAACUCUAUGCACAGCAGUCCCCUCCCAGAAAACCCUGGCAAACGAGAGACGCCCUGUCAGACCCCGGACAUUAGUCCACCAGACGGACUCAACUUCUGCUCGUCGCCUGACACAGAGGACUACACUGACACUGACACCGGUGCCCAGUGCAUUGUGGGUAAUCCUUACCUCCUGAACCCUCAGAUCAUUGGAGCAGAGGACGACUACUUCGACUCUCAGCAAGAGCAGAUUAAUGGACAGUGUAGCUGUUUCCAGGAUGUAGACUCGCUCAAGACUCGGCCGGCUCACCUCGCAGUUUUCCUCCACCAUGUUGUCUCACAGUUUGACCCUGCACCUCUGCUAUGCUAUCUCUACGCUGACAUGCACAAACAAACCAGCUCCAAAGAAAGUCGACGCUUCUUCAUGGAAUUCCACUCACUCUUCAUGGAUCGAAUGGCGAAUCUAAAAGUACCAGUGCCAGAGACGAUUGCAGCUGAAUUAGAGAAGCGAAGGCUGGAGUUGAUCCCAGAGGAUCUUUGCAAACACUACACUCAGAUGUUACAGGACGCUCUUCUGCCAGACCUUCACAAGAACCUGGAGGAUUUCCGACAGAAGCGCAGUAUGGGUCUGACUCUGGCCGAGGACGAGCUGUCCAAGCUGGACAUCGAACAGCUGAAAGACCAACAUGCCUCGGAGAAAGAAUGUUCCUGCGCCGAACACAUCAUCUCCAAGAUCGAGGACAUACUGUUGACAACACAGCCUUCAGAAGAGGAGAAGUGCCAAACGAUGCAGUAUGUUAUUCUCACCUAUAUGAAGCACCUCGGGGUGAAAGUGAAGGAGCCUCGCGGCCUCGAACAUAAACGAGCACGAAUCAACUUUCUGCCUAAAAUGAAGAAGAGCAUCAAGGCUGAGAAGGAUGUUGAGGAGAAGGUGAAAAAGCCUCGGUUCCCCAAUAUCCUCGGGCAGCCAAGACGCCUGAGCAGAGUGGACUCCACUUCAGUGGGUAAAGCCGUGGAUCAAAACAAGCAGCGUUCACCAAAGCAGAUCUCCCAGCCGGCGCUCGUCAUUUCCGAACAGAUCGACUACUCUGCCGGGAAUUGUGGACGGGCUCGUGGGAAUCAGACCAGUGAAGGAUCGGAUGCCAGUGUCCAUCUCUCGCCUUCCACGACCUCCCCCACUCACAGCUCCCCCGGUGGUCAAACCUCAGACAUGAGCGGACAGGAGUCAGACUCUAACCUGUCUCCGUUCCCCGUCCAGCCCAGACUGAGUGACAGUCUUCAGUCUGGGGACCAGCAGGACACCGUCCUCAGUCCCGUCAGCACUCAGUUUGACUUCAGUCCGACCAACCUGGAGCAGUUACAGGAGGAUGAUCAGGAGAAUUUCAGUAGGAUGGACGUGCAGUGUGCGGUGACUGCAGCCGACGUCCAGGACGAGGACGACCAGAGCGGAGAGGUGGAGUGUGAAGAAGAUCCGCUCAACUGGCAGGCUCUGGUCAGUCGAGGCGUCCUGGAGAGCCUCACGCCGCAGGAGAUCAAACGACAGGAAGUCAUCAAUGAGCUGUUCUACACUGAGCGUGCUCACCUGCGGAUGCUGAAGGUGUUGGACUGUGUUUUCUAUCAGAGGCUGAACAUAGACAGUAUCCUUCCCACUGAGGACAUCAAACACAUCUUUAUUAACCUGGAGGAAAUCAUUCAGCUGCAUGUUUCUAUAACAGAGCAGAUGACUGCGGUCAGGAAGAGGAGCGAGACGUCGGUGAUCGGUCAGAUUGGAGACGAUCUCCUCGCAUGGUUCAGUGGUGACGAAGAGGAGAAGAUCCAACGAGCCGUGGGAACAUUCUGCUGUAACCAGCCCUCUGCUCUGGAGCUCAUCAAAACCAAACAGAAGAAAGAUCAGAGGUUCAACUUGUUCAUGCAGCAAGCUCAGAGCAACCGUCUGUGUCGCAGGCUGCAGCUCAAAGACAUCAUCCCCGUAGAGAUGCAGAGACUGACCAAAUACCCGCUGCUGCUCGACAAUAUCGCCAAGUACACAGAGAACGGCGAGGAGAGGGAAAAGGUAAAGAGAGCUGGCGACUGUUGCAAGAAGAUGCUCAACCACGUCAACCAGGCUGUUAAAGAGGCUGAGAAUAAACAGAGACUAGAGGAGUAUCAGAGAAGGUUAGACCUGUCGUCACUCAAACAGAAUGAAAACCCCAUGAUCCUGGAGCUGAAGAAUCUGGACUUGACCAAGAGGAAGAUGGUUCAUGCAGGACCUCUGUCCUGGAAGGUUAAUAAAGACAAGACGAUAGAGCUUUACACGAUUCUGCUAGAGGACAUCCUGGUGUUGUUGCAGAAGCAGGAUGAGCGCCUGGUCCUCAAGUUACACGGCAAGAUUCUGGCCAGUGCCAUUGACACCAAGCACAUCUUCAGCCCCAUCAUCAAACUCAACACUGUGCUGGUUCGUCCAGUGGCAACUGACAACAAGGCUUUCUUCGUGCUCUCCAUGUCGGAUAACGGGGCUCAGAUCUACGAGCUGAUGGCUCAGACGGUGUCCGAUCGGAGGAUGUGGCAGUGUUUGAUCACUCAGUGUGCCGACACCAUGAAGGCCAAGCCUCACAACAGCGACACACCUCCGACUCAGACUGAUGCUGAGCGAGACGCUAUUGAGAUCAUAAAUCGUGGGAUGGCCGCGCCGAGCAAAGAAGCUAAUGAGACAUCAACUCCAGAAAAGGACGCCAUCUCCUCUCCAGACAGUGAAGCUCCAUCCCCGAGCAUUGGCCCCUUCAAUGGCAUGAAAUCAGAGGAUGAGGAAGAAGAGCUGGCUGUGGACGACAGACGAGUGGAAGAGGAGGAGGAGAUGGAUGAAGAGCUGGAUGAGGCGGAACUCGAGGCCUUCCUGGAUGGACAGCUCGCUGAGAGGCUGCCCUUCCUGCAGCAGGAAGGCUCACGUCAGGGAAUCGCCCUCGAACACCAAGAGCACGACACUUUCCUCUCACCCUCCUCCAAAGCUGAAGACGCUCUACGAACAUUGUCAAUGCUGAAGCAGGCUCUCUUCAACCACAUGUUGAGCAGAGAGUCAGAAGAGGAGAAAGCGGAGGUGGAGGAGAAAAGGCUCAGUGGGACACCUGGGUUUCAGCAGAGUGACUCCUCGUCUGGGAGCCUUGACGGUCCUUCUGUGGCGUGUGAUGAGAGUCAGACGUCCACAAGUGUACAAAAAGACAACCCACAGGUUCCUCCUGGAAACACAGGGUCGAGUGAGGCAACUGAGCGCAACGGUGGUUUUGUGGUUCUGGACUUUAGCGUGGGCACUGAGGAGAGCAGCACCGAUGACGACGGAGGAUUAGGAUGUGACGUGGGAAUUGACAUGAGGAAACUGCUCUCCUCCUCCUCGCAGACAGGGGGCGGUGGCCCCAACCUCAGCCGGCAGCUUAUGACCCACCUGCGCCUCCUCCAGGCCGACCUGCAGUAUCUAAAGGAGGUGGAGCUUAAGUACAACGAGCUGCGACACACACACAGUGACCCGACCACUGACUCGGAGGACAACAACGAUGGGAUCCAGUGACGGAUCGAACGUUUUUCCCCCGUGGAUCAAACCUUCUACCCAGUGAACGCUGGUGUCGCUCAGUCAUGAGCACAUGUGACACACACACACACACACACAUUCAGGCACAUAACGACGACAAUCAGUUGAGACGAUGGACGUUAUUGUCCCACUUUAAACUUCUGAAACCAGCAGAGGCACAUUGUUUCUUUUUUUUUCUACAAAAAAAGACUCUACGGAUGCACUCGAGGAUAAUCCCGUCACUUUUUCCUGCUUAUUAAUAAUUAACGUCAUAACGAUCUUAAACACUGGAUGUGGAAAAAGGAGCAGAGACAAGAGUGUGGAUUCCCACAGAUGCACAGCGGAGACAUUCGUUUGCGAAUCAAAGGAGACGUAACGACUCUGACGCAAUGUUCAGGACUCGGAGCACUCCUGUACGCUUGAUGUAAAUGUGUAAACGUUCACGCUACAUAUAUAUAUAUAUGUAUAUUUAUAUAUAUAUAUACAUAUAUAUGUAUACAUAUAUAUGUACAUAUAUAUUCUUAAAGUCACACUUGUUUAUUCUGUAACUGAUCUGACAUGUACGGUGGCCAGGAAGUGCAAACUUUUAUUACAAAAUGUGAAACACUUUUUUGU